GCGCACUUCGACGUACGGCAGGAACGACUUAUGCAAUCCGCCGAUAGAUUUCAUUAGACUUUACUAACGGAAGUACAGCGAUACAUUAAACUGGAUUUCAUUAGACUUUGCUAACGAAAAACUGCGAGACAUUAAUCUCCCACGCCGGCAACACUGGGAGAAGUUUGCUCCCAGGGCUUUCUGAAAGAAAAAAGUCUAACUGCUUGGUUAGGCUGAGAGAAAAGAAAGCCAGAAAGCCUUUUUACAGGAAGUCCUGAAGGCAAAACCCGGGCAUGGUUGAAUUUGAGGAUUGUCAUCAUUUCCUGAAAAUCUUAGUUUCAUUCCGUGUAGAUGCUCAUAUCGAAACUUGUUACGUGUUAAGGUGAAGGCGAGUCCGUCUAUUUGACAAGAGGGCGCAUGUCGUGUGUCCAUUUGGAGCAGCAGACUGAGGAGACUACAGGUUCACAGCAUCCUUUGAAUCAUCAUGGCUCCACAUCCCGUAGUCCAGGCAAUCAUCGACUCUGCAGCUGGAGCAGCAGGUGGUACAGCUUGUGUGCUGAGCGGUCAGCCGUUUGACACCACAAAAGUGAAGAUGCAGACAUUCCCCACCAUGUACCGCGGCUUCAUCCACUGCUUCACGUCGACCUUCAGGCAGGAGGGACUACGUGGUCUCUACAAAGGCUCGACCCCAGCCCUUAUAGCCAACAUCAGUGAGAACACUGUGCUCUUCUUGAGUUAUGGUCGUUGCCAGGAUGUGGUCCGCUUUGUGUGCAACGUGGAUAAAGGGGCCGAGCUCAGUGAUCUUCAGAAAGCAUCCUCAGGGUCUUUGGCCUCCAUCUUCUCUGCCAUGGCGAUAUGCCCCACCGAGCUGGUGAAAUGUCGCCUGCAGGCCAUGCUAGAAAUGGAAGCUGCUGGCAAGAUCACAGGUGGACAGAAAAGUACAGUGUGGACAGUAGUGAAGGAAGUGAUGAAGACAAACGGUCCCCUGGGUUUCUACCAAGGACUGUCAUCCACCAUUGUGAGAGAGAUACCAGGUUACUUCUGCUUUUUUGGGGCCUAUGAACUGUGUCGGUCUACAUUUGCGCAGUACAUGGGCACGGACAAGGACGGUAUAGGUAUUCUUCCGCUCAUGUUCAGCGGUGGAUUUGGGGGAGCUUGUCUUUGGUUGGUGGUCUAUCCCAUAGACUGUGUGAAAACCAGGAUCCAGGUAUACUCUCAAACUGGGAAGCAAAAAGGCUUCCUGAAGACCUUCUUGGGUGUCAUACGCACUGAGGGGUUCACUGCUCUGUACUCUGGCCUGACUCCUACCAUGAUACGCACCUUCCCUGCCAACGGAGCCCUCUUCCUGGCUUAUGAGUUCAGUCGCAAGUUUAUGAUGGAUACAGUUGGUGGCUGAUGUGGAGGAUCUUUACAGUUGAAGCGUUGAAUGCUGCUGAAACAGUGCCCUGUCCUCUUGUAUUUCAGAAUGAAGUGACUGACUUUUAUUGUGUCUGAUUAAAUGGCUACGUUUGAAUAUUUUGUAAACAACAUAAACACUGUCUGUAUAGUGCUGGCCACACUUAAUCUUUAUAACUGUAAGUCUUUGUGUAAUACUAAACCUGUGAAUAUGUUUCAGUACAGAACAAAUAGGCAUCUGAACCUGCCCUCUAGGCAGUUUAAGCAGUUCAGCUCUUUCUGCUCAGCUACACCAACAAUGACAUGUAAGAAUUGUGUUAACCAGACUGAUUACUCAUCAUUUUCCACUUCAAAUACAAUAUAAAAUGUUGAAAAUCAUCUUGAAAGAGGUUGUGGUCUGUAAUGGAUUUUCUCUUUUGCAAGUAUUGUCACAGUAAGACUUAAUUAAAAAAAGUAGGAAGUGAA